AUGACUCAUGUAGACGUCGAAAGCCUUGAUGGACGCUUGCUAUUCGCCAUCCCGAAGAAGGGUAGGCUGUACGAAAAGUGCCUAUCAAUACUAGCAGGAGCCGACAUACAAUUCCGGAGGCACAAUAGACUAGACGUAUGCCUCGUGCAGAACCAUCCCAUCGCCCUUGUAUUCCUCCCCGCAUCUGACAUACCAUCUUUCGUCGGCAAAGGCAACGUCGAUCUAGGAAUAACAGGCCACGAUGUGAUCCUCGAAUCCCAAAUGCAGCAGCACGUAACCGAGACCCUACGGCUAGGCUUUGGAAAAUGUUCCCUCCAGGUCCAGGUCCCUGAAGCCGGACCAAUCAAAACCGUAGAGGACCUUGCGGGCAAGCGUGUCGUUACGAGCUUCGAGGUCUUGUCUGGGGAGUAUUUCUCAAAGAUAGAUGAGGAAAUGGGCUUGCAGGGUGAGGCGAGGACGAAGAUCGAGUACGUGGGUGGAAGUGUGGAAGCAGCCUGUGCAUUGGGAUUAGCAGACGGGAUUGUCGACCUCGUAGAGUCCGGUGAUACCAUGCGUGCAGCUGGUCUGCAUGCGAUAGCGACGGUUCUAGAGACAGAAGCCGUUCUCAUCAAAUCCAGCGUCCCAAAACACCCUGGUCUCGAGCCUCUGAUCAAACAAAUAACAAGCCGCAUCGCGGGCGUCGUGGCAGCCAGCAAAUAUGUUGUCUGUCAGUACAACAUCUCACGCGAUAAGCUCCCUGACGCAACGAGAAUCACACCCGGUCGAAGGGCGCCUACUAUAAGUCCUCUUGAGGAGGAGAACUGGGUCGCAGUCAGUAGCAUGGUCGAGAAGAAGAAAAUUGCAGAUAUCAUGGACGACUUAGUCAAGAUCGGUGCACACGAUAUCAUGAUCUUCAACCUAGACAACUGUAGAGUUUGA